AUGUGGGUAAAGAUAGACCGAAAAGGCCUUUGCUUCACCAUUCGGGUGAAGCGUAAUGUGAUACCAACCUUCGUGGAUAACAAAGCUUUUGUAUGUAACCCAAAGCCAGUGGUAGGCAAGGCUUUCGGGUCCAUUGAAACCGUUAAAAUACCAGGUGCAGUUCUGGUCAGGGAUUGUGGCGUCCACAAUCCAAACCCAUUGGUACGAGACAGCCCAGUAAAUGAAAUAUCCAAUCCCCCCAAGAAACCCAAGAGGGACCGCGGCCACAACAGCACCAACAAGAACACACCAGAUGAUGAUAGCUAUCCACUUUAUGAGGAACCAUAUCGCCUUGAUAAUCACUAUCCCUGCCCACCAGUGGUCUUGACAGUCUGGUCCCCGACUUUGCGGGCUCCGGCCACGACUUUUCUUGGUAUUUCCCUCAUAUUAGAGCAUCUCGAGGACUGGGGCUCCUGCGGAUCUGGUGACAAAGAUUAA